AUGACGGCAGGUCCCGGACUGACACGAGACAGCGUCUUGACUUCCAAGAAAGUGCUUCGCGUUGCUGAAGUCUUGCAAAUUCCAGUCUAUGUGACGACGCAGAGCAGAGCCAAGCUCGGCGACACAGUAUCAGAGCUGAAGCCAUUGGUGGGAAAGGCCGUCGCCAACGUGGACAAGACGUGCUUUAGCAUGUGGAUCCCAGAACUGAGCCAACACUUCAAGACCUCUGCCCCGUCCGAGGUUGUCAUUGUCGGUAUCGAGAGUCACAUUUGCGUGACCCAGACGACGCUGGAUCUUUUGGCCAACGGUCACAAGGUCUACGUCCUGGCCGACGGCGUCAGCAGCUGCAACAAGGAGGAGAUUCCGGUUGCCCUAGACCGACUGCGCAACGAAGGCGCCAUUGUCACCACUAGCGAGAGUUGGAUGUAUGAAUGCAUUGGAGACGCGGGCAUUACCGAGUUCAGGGAUAUUAUAAAAUUGGUCAAGGAGACAAGUGACGACACGAAGGAGACUCUUGGUGCUCUACUUAGUAGAAUCUAA